AUGGUUUCUUUUCUCUUGCCUUUUCUGUUUCUUCUAGUCUUCUUCUUCUUCUUCUUCUUCUUCUUCUUCUUCUUCUUCUUCUUCUUAUGUUGUUGCUGUUAUUCUUUUUCUUCUACUUUUUCUACUGCUAUUGCUGCUGCUUCUGAUUCUUCUUUUUCUACUUCUUCUUCUUCUUCAUCUGCGACUGCUGCUGCUUCUGUUUCUCUCUCUUCUUCUUCAUCUUAUUCUUCUUUUUCUUUUUCUUCUUCUUCUUCGCUUUCUUCUACUUCUUCUGCUGCUGCUGCUGUUUCUUUUUAUUCUUUUGCUUCUUCUCCGUCUCCUCUUUUUUCUUCUUCAUCUUCGACUUCUUUUUCUUCUUCUUUUACUUUUUCUUCUUUUUCUUCUUCUUUUUUCUUCUUCUUCUGCUGUUUUUUUUAUUCUUUUGCUUCUUCUUCUUCGUUUUCUUUUUCAUCUCCGGCUUCUGUUGCUUCUUCAUCCUCUUUUUCUUCUUUUUCUUUUUCUUCUUUUUCUUUUUCUUCUUUUUCUUCUUCUUCUUCUUCUUCUGCUGCUGCAUCUUUUUAUUCCUUUGCUCUUUCUUCUUCGUCGCCUUUUAAUCUUUUUCUCGUUCUUCUUCAAAUUCUGCUGCUUCCUCUUCUUUUUCUUUUUCUUCUUUUUCUUCUUCUUCGACUUUUUUAUUCGUCUUCUUUUUCUUUUCUUGUUUCCUUCUUCUUUUUCUUCUUCUUCUUCUGA